AACCAAACAGAAUUUUCAGCGCUUUGGCUUGAACAUCAGGACAUUUUACAUUAUUUUUCGAAAUAUGAAAUUAUUUAUGUUUAUUUCGAGAGCGAUUGGAGGAUUUCAUCCUCAUAGUUCGUUGUAAUUUCAUCAACCGACAACCAUCGUGAACACGUAAUAUCCGCUAGGGGAUUUCGGAAUAGGAAGCCCACAAGCCUAUGUGCAGACAAGCAGUCUGUUUAUUGCUGACCGUUUGUAUUUUUCCUGUUUGCUAUGCCGGAGAAAUUUUCACCGGAAAAGCCGAUGCAAGAGCAUCUCGGAACCUCCACGGCGUUUAUUAUACAGCUGUUAUAAAAGUACCAUGGGGAAUUCAACUGAAAUACUGUUUUUUCUACAAGGACUGAGUGACACAGUGUCAAGCAAGCGUACAUACUUUAUCCUCAUUCUUCUUGUUUACCUUUUUACUCUUUUAGCGAACCUGACUUUGAUUGUGACAAUUAUUUUGGAGAAAACUCUCCAUGAGCCCAUGCUUGUAUUCCUGUGUAAUUUGUGUGUAAAUGGUAUACUUGGUGCCUCAAUAUUAUAUCCUAAAAUAUUAGUGGACCUUUUAUCUGACUUAAGUGUUACUUCGUAUGAAGCUUGUUUGGGUCAAAUUGUUGUAUUAUACAGCUACACAAACUGCGAAUAUACCACGUUAGCAAUGAUGGCUUAUGACAGGUAUAUCGCGAUAUGUAAGCCACUCAAUUACCACUCUAUCAUCACGCCUCAGAAGGUGAUGAAAUUACUGUUAUUUACCUGGCUUUCAUCCAUCUGUGAAUCAGUUGUUGUGGUGGGCCUGAUAGCCAGACUGCCCCUCUGUGGAUUCAAAAUCGAAAAGAUUUACUGCACAGCCUGGGCCGUCGUAAAGCUGUCGUGUGUGGACACCUCUAUCAACAACAUAGUUGGGUACACUUUCAUAGUUUUUAACAUUUCACUAGCAGUGCUGGUCGUGAUUUCCUAUGUUUAUAUCGUCAGAGCAUGUGUGCGAUCGCCGAAAGAACGGAGUAAAUUCAUGCAGACCUGUUUGCCCCAUUUAAUCGCACUGACUAAUUUCUUCAUCGCAUUGGGUUUUGACCUCAUGUACACGCGCUAUGGUCCCACCGACCGUCUGCAGGCUCUCCGCAAUUUCAUGUCCCUGGACUACCUCAUUGUUCCACCGCUCCUAAAUCCCCUAAUCUAUGGCCUGAGACUGAACCAGAUCCGCCGGAAAAUCUUUAGAAUGUGCAGCCAGAAAACACGUGCUCUAAAGUGAAUGUUUGUACUUUGUUCAGGUAGGAAAAUCAAUAUCCCCCCUCCAAAUGUUUUCAUAAAGAUGACAACAAUAGCCUACAAUCUCUGAACAGCAGGAUUAAAGGGUUCUAAGAUGUAGCACAGAUUUAGAUGUUCCCGGAAGUAAUAUGUGGCUGUCUUGUUCUAUUGGCCUUGUUUGGUUUACAUUAUUUUUUAGUUUCACGCAAAAAUUUGCGGGGUAUGGGCUGUGUUUCCUUGUGUAUGAAAACAUGGAACUUUAAGUACAUUCAGAGCGGAAAAACCCAGACAGAUGCUAACUGGAAUUAGUCUCUUUUUUUUUUUACACCGUGUUGAGACUGCUAUUCAUAUUCAAGACAGUAAAAAAUGUAGAUUACAUUUUAAAUUGCAGUGAUACAUAUAAAAUUCAUAAUG